AUGGCGAUCGGGUCAGAAGUAGAACAUUGGGAUGUGGUGAUUGUUGGUGCCGGCAUCGCUGGUCUUGCUGCCGCAAUCGCUCUCCGUCAAGAAGGCCGCAGUAUUCUAGUUCUCGAAAAGUCAAGCAUGAACAAAGAAGUCGGCGCAUUGAUCUCUCUUCAACCAAAUGCCUCGAAGAUCGUCAAUGGCUGGAACAUGACUCCCUUCCUGGAAGAAAAGAAACCAAUGGUCGAUGAAGCUUUCCGUCUUCUCAAUAUCGAGGGGAAAUUGCAAGUCGAAAUGAAACUCAACACUUCACAGUUUGGAGCCGAUAGGAUGCUAUACCAUCGUCAGGAUCUCCAUGAUGCACUUCGUCAAGCUGCGACGUCGGAUGACAUGCCUGGUUCCCCGGCUGUCAUCCGUACUUCUUCUGGCGUUCUCGGUUGUGAUUGCGACACUGGAGUUGUUCAUAUCAGCAAAGGAAGCUCCGUCCAAGGAGACGUGAUUGUCGGAGCAGACGGUAUCCGUAGCGCGAUCAGAGACGAAGUCAUCAAGGGCUCCGCAAGCGAAGGAUCAAAAGCCAUACCCACCGGCCUCUCGGCCUACCGUAUUCUCGUUGAAACAGACAAAUUGCCAAAACUGGAUAUCUCAGAAGACGUCUUUUCUCUCAAAAGGUCAGCAACGACCAUGAUCGUCGGCCACGACAAGCGCGUCAUCAUGGGUCCCGGCAGAGGCGGCGAAAUGUUCGGUCUCGUCUGUCUUGUCCCUGAUCCAAACCCAAACAACGAAGGUACCUCAUGGAACAAUUCUGCUCCUUUGAAAGAAGUACUUGAGGCUUUUGCAGCUUUCCCUGCUUGGGUAAAAGAGAUCAUAUCUCAUGCCCCUGAUGUUGCACUUUGGCAACUACGGGAUAUCGACCCCCUCACAACCUGGACAAAAGGACGAGCCAUAUUGAUUGGAGAUGCAGCUCACGCCAUGUUACCGACUCAAGGUCAAGGCGCGAGUCAAAGUAUCGAAGACGCAGAAGCACUACAAGCAUAUCUAUCCGACAUCGGCAAGGAGGCAUCCGGACAAGACAUUCAGGAGCGUCUCGAGGCUGUUCAAAGAGCACGAUAUGAUCGAGCCUCAUUGAUCCAAGCAUACAGCAGACUGCAAGCAAAACCAGCUGCAUCACAAGACAACAAGACAGUCAAGCUGAAUCCGCAGGAGUUCAUGGAGUAUAAUUGUAACUAUUCUGGUGCGAAAAAUUGGGUGGAGAGGAAUAGGGAAGCUGAAGAGAUGGCGUACAAACAGACAGCAGCGAGAGCCUGA